UUUGUUCUUAAGUCGGUUUCUAGCUUUAGUGAGUGAAAGGCAGUGAGCUUUUCAGCUAAAGAUGUCUGACAAUGCAGAGUCUCCAACAGAGACACAAAAAGAAGAGCUACAGUCACCGUCAGAGAGUUCCGCGACUAGUGAAGAGAAGAAAAAAAUUGAUGUAUUGCUGAAGGCUGUGGGAGACACUCCUAUAAUGAAAACAAAGAAGUGGGCAGUGGACAGAGGGAGGACAGUGCAGUCUCUGGCUCAGUUCAUUUCUCGCUUCCUCAAACUCGAUGCCAAUGAACAACUGUUUAUUUAUGUCCACCAGUCGUUUGCACCAUCACCAGAUCAAGAAGUGGGUGUCCUCUUUGAUUGUUUCGGCAGCGAUGGGAAGCUCGUUCUACAUUACUGUAAAUCUCAAGCCUGGGGUUAAUUGACUUGUUUGAUGUUUAAUGAAUUUCUUUUACAAAAUGUCUUUUGUUUAUAUUCUUCUUCUUCUUCUGCCAUUUGUUGUCUUUAAUUUUGCGUGUACAUUCACUGUAAAUAAAUGAUUGUAAACGUCUGUGUUUUUUGUUACUUCCUGCAGAAA